ACAGCAGAGAAAACCUAAGAGCUGAGAUGACAAAGAAACCAAUGAUUGCUCUGGGUGUGAUGCCUACAUAGUAAGAGUGGAAUGGAAAGGAACUUGGGAAGUAGGUGGCAGAUUAGCUUGGAUGGGUCAGACUCCUAGGAGGGUACUGAUGGGCUUCAGAGGGUGUAGGCAGCCCCUGAAAUUUUAUGAAUUCGAUUGUUAUAUGCUUUUUGAUCUGGGAAGGUAGUCCCUGGCUUUCUGUUCAUUAAGGCCCAGAGUACUGAGUCUGCUGUUUGAGAAAAUGAGAUUAUAUCCUGGGUGUGUUGUUUUAUUUUUACCUUAAUGCCAAAACCCAGAAAUUUGAGCUUGUAUAAAUACAAAAUUUCUGAGGUAAUUAUAGAAAAUAGGUGGUAGUGUUAGAGAAGUAUAUGGGUACUGUAUGUGUUAAUGUAAGAAAGCAGAAUCAGGGCUGGGUACCUAAUUUUGCCUCACAUCAUUUGGUGAUACAAUUUUAGUACUACCUGUUAAAUUUGGAAGGAGAGAGGGGAAGGACUUGAGGCCUGAAGAGAGAGAAAUCUGUUUGUAAAGACUGUACUUAGCUCUUUGUGUGCUGCACAGAUCAAUUCUGCUUCCGAACAGAAACCAUUUAACAGCCAUAUUCUUUCAUCCCCUUGAGGAAUCUAGGGAAACCGUCAGAUGAGAUAUGUACAGCAGUCACUCCUAAAUGCAUUGCCCACGCUCAUUAGGGUACGUGAACAUCUUGUCUGCAGCACGACAGAAGGGCCUAGGAGCUCAGCCAGCAUUGCUUGCCCUCCUCCCCACCAAGUCCAGUUUGCAGUCCCACUUGGAUCAGAGAUAAAUUGCAUUUGCAUAUAGGAAAGUGUGGUUAGGCUGUCUUUGGCAGCUUCUGCUGCUCCAUGCUGGCUUGAAGUCGAGGUGACUGUUUUUCCAAAAGUCUUUCUCUUCUCCUUUCUCAGUGGCAUGAGGGCUGUGUACCCUCACCUCCAGUGGAUCUUUGUGUGAGGGUGUGUCUAAGAGGUCCAUGAGCUCCUUCUGGACCUGUAAGAGGGUAACAUUCUGAUAAACCUAUCAUGGAUUAAAAACCCAUCAUGAAUGUAAAACAUCAGGCUAGAUGAUGUAGUUCAGUGAUAGAGCACAUGCCUAGAAUGCAUGAAGCCCUGGGUUUGAUCUCUAGUAGUGUGUGCGGACACACAGGCACGCAUACACACAUAAUCCUAAACUGAAAAUGUAUGUAUUACUCUGAACCUACUGAAAACCAUAGCUUUGCAUAAUUUUCCUUAAAAUGUGAUCAGAACAUUUACAUUAGCCUAUCAUUCAUUGGAUACAAUUUUAUAAGGAAGUGUGGAAUGUCUCAUAAUUUAUUGUACUGAAAGUAAAAAUCAAAAUGGUGAUUUAGAUUUGCUUUGAGCAAUCACGAAGUUGAGCACUGUGUUUGUUCAGGAUCCAAAUGACACAGGACAGGUGUCUGAGGAAACUUUGAAAAGCACAAUUGCCCUUAAACUUGGCUCUUCUAGCCCAGGGCUUCCUGGCCCUUGCCAGGGCUCUCCAGAGAGUUGAACCUGCAGAGGGCAUCAGCACUGUCAACGUCACUGCUGCCAGCCAAGCAAGGCCUCAUCACCUUGCCCUUCUCCCUGGACACCAGAAGAACCAGAGCUGAUUUUCUUGACGUUACACCCUAGCUCAUUAAAGAUGGCUUUGUUUACUAAGAGAGAGACAGACAGACAGACAGACACAGAGAGACAGAAGAAUCUGAGUUGAGGGUCUGAAGAGGUUCAGCACUGCUGCAAGAGGCUGAGCUGCCCUGCUCACCAUGGCUGCUGUUCACCCCACUGAUGUUGAGCCAUCACUGUGGCAGGGGUUACUUGGGCCUUGCAGCCUUCAGCCAGAGUCCUCCAGCUCACUGACCCACAGCAGUGUCACUGACCGUGGGACUGCUUGAUGGUGAUGGAGAGUGCCUCUGUGUAACACUCUUGGGUGGCUUUGGGGAAGGUAUGGAGCUGCAGGUAGCCUGCUUUCCCACGUGCCAUAACGAAGAAGCGGAUAAGCUAUGGCAUAUCUUUCCCAUGUGCUGUGAGAAAUAGGGUCCACCGCCCUGCGGGCCUGAUCUAGUGCGGGCUGAACUCUUUCAGAAAGGAUUCUGCACUCACUCUCUCAUCCCUGGAGCCCAAUGCUGCUGCCAACAGGAAGCAUGUGUCUGUUGAAUAUGGCUGGCAGUCAGCUCUUGUUUCCAUGGUUACUGAAUAAGGCAGGUUAGUAUUAGAGCUACCCCAGGAAAAACUGGCACUGAGGACAGUGCUUAUGCUGGAACCUUCCUUUGGCCUGCUUAAUAUUCUUUCUAGCUGAUGUGUAAGGGGUAUAAGAUUUGACCUAUGCUCAUGAGGUUUGCCUCCAACAGUCUAGCUGACUGGCUUCUCAGCCCUGGCUUUACCACCUAACAGGUGUUUCCCUUAGUACAACGAAGCAAACCUCUCAGCUACCCAGAGGAGGGCACCGGAGAGCAUCCCAAGAGUACUGCACUGCCUUCUGGUCUCCUCUCUAGCUCAUCAGUCUCUGGAUUCCAUCAGUCCAGCUCCUCUGUCCCCCAGAAAGACAUGAUGUUUAGAAAACCUGAAAUCCGAAUUGGUUCUAAAUCCCAUGUCUCAAAUAAUCAAAGAGUCCCCUACUGUCCUGGGUCACAGCAUAUUCGUAUAGCUGCGUGAAUAACAGCUUUAAUUAUAAAAUCUCUUAUUUAUGUUUCUUUGUAAUCCAUUACCUGGGUCUGAACUCUGAGGUUCUGAGUCCCUGGUCCUUUGUUCUCUGCAGAUUGACACACCAUCCUGGUACUCUGUUUCUUUGUAACUAGAAUAGAAUAAUCAUUGUGGGGAGAAUGUGGGGGGAUUGAUCAUUGUGAAUAAGAGACUUUUAAAAAGCAUGACAAGUCAGUGAAGGGCACUUUGGGAAUUCAUGCAGUUACCAUCUUUAGUUGCAAUAAUGGCACAUUAUUUUAGUCUCCUUGGCCAUUUUGAAAAAAAUAAGACUUUGAAUGCUGCUUCAGAAAUUAUUUUUGAGUGGAGCAAAAAUAAAAUGUGCUUGGGAAAGUUACCUAAUAAGAUUGGUAUAUUCUUUAAUCCUCCAGAACAAAUUCUUUGGACAUUUUGGAGACAUGUCUUAGGGUAAAGGAGGAAAGCCUCAGGUAAGGGAUUCUACAGUGACUUGAAUGUCUUUUGUUUUGCUUUCACUCUGGCUGUAGAGGACUUGAUUACAUAAUUCCAUGUAAUUUGCAUACCUGUGUUAUUUGCAUAUUUACUUUCAGGAAUACAUUUUCUGAGUUUAAAAUUCAGAGGCUCUUGGCUGACUAAUCUCACAAAAUUUCUGUGCAGAAUUUAAGGCACUAUUUCCUCCCUUUUUGCUGGUCCUAGAAUGGUGCUUAGCCAACCCCUUUUGGUAGGUUGGUAGCUCAUAGGGUGUUGUUUUUUCCUGCCAGAGAGACUCGCAGGUAAUAGCUGGGCUUCUUCCCCAGUGGCCAUGGGCCUGAGUGAUGAGCCAUCCCUGUUGAGGGACUUAGCCUCUGAGCCCCAUCUGAUAGAAAUGAAAGCCAAGAGCAAACACUUAUUAUGGGUACAGUACACAGACCCUGGAGGACAGCAUGUCCUACCACCUGGGCAACCUCUGAGGGCUCAUCCAGCUCAAACCCAUUUGAAGCUGCCACUUCUAACAUUUGGCUCAGGUUCUCAGUAGACUUCACAGGACCCAGGACAGCAAACCCGGCCUCCAGAGAAGGAGCUGAAGGGUGGUCAGUGCCCUUAGCUGUUCAUGCGGCCACUGGCCCUUCAAAGUCCCUCUCUAGUCAGGUGUCUAUAUUCGGCUGAGUCUCCUCAUCUGCCAAUAAAUGUGAGGUCUGUGGCUUGUAGUCCCUCAGUGUAAGCACAGGAGCACUCACUGGGCACUGAACAAACCAAUUUCCUAUCUAUACAGGCAGAUCUGACCUAGUCCAAAGGCCAAGGCUUCCUGAGGAUUUGACAGUAAUCCCACUGAAUAUUUCUCAUACCUCAUCUGGUGUUUUCCUUUCUGAAUGGAUUCUGUUUCUUUCUCAUUACAUGUUUCUGCCUGUGUGAAGUUUUAGGAAGCUUCUGGACACUUUCCAUUUAUGAGUGGCCAAAACCACAGGAAGUUAAUUCUUGAAUAGUAGGAGAGAAAGAAGAGGUACAGGUAGAGACCUUGAUUUAAAAACCAAAACCAAACCAAAACAAAACAAAGCAAAACACAACCAGAAGAGUUGAGCAUCCACCGUAACUGGAAUGAAGGUGGAAAAGCAAUUACUUUCCUGUGAGGCUCCUAAUGGGGUAAAGGUCUCUCUACAGAGUGGGGAGUCUGGGAAGCCUGCUUGGUUCUGUGCUGGAUGUAGGAGCGUAGGGGGCAGUUAACACAAAGAUGAUAGUUAAAAUGCCUGGCAGGUCAGAAGGGAGUAGGACAAACAGUAGGGGCAGAAGCACACAGCCCCCAUCCUCCCAACAGGCUGCACACCCAGGUGGGAAAGGCAUAGGCUGCUCUGGGUGUUUGCUGACAGACUUGCUAAUUAAACACCAAAGGCAAUAUUGCUUUGCCAAUAGUGAUGGCUGUGCCAGUGUUAUCAGCUGAAAGCUGGCUGCCAGAAACAUCAUAAUUAAAAGCAAACAGCUCUGGAAGUAGGCAUGGGGAUGGGGAUCUUGCCUGGGUUUCUUAGGACUUCUAGGAUUGCACCCUGGGAAAAUCACACCCUGGUCACUUUUAGGCCACCGCCUUUUCAAAGAAGCCUUUGUCUUAUAACAGGCUGUUGUGGUAUGUACAAGUUGCUCUGCUUCCUUAAACCCCUAGGUGCUAGGGUGACAGGCAAACAGACAAAGCCACAAAGAGGGGAUUGCAUGGUGCAGUUCAGCCCUGAGAGUAGAUGGCCAGGGGCGGGGGUGUAAUGAUUUCUGCCAGACGUCCCAAUUAAGGGACAGCUAAAGCCCAAGGCCUCCUCUAAAAGGGGUUAGAAUUUCAUCAGAAAGCAAGUCCGGUCACAUGAGAAUUUCUGGCACUGUGUGCAUGGCAGGCUGGACACCAGCCUGCCAGAAUUGAGCGAGCAGAUCGAACUGGCUUUAGCAGAGGGGAAAAGUCCCAGACUGGCCCGGGAGAAGAAGCCGACUCACUCCUCCAGCUGCCAGUUGCAGACAGGAGCAGCACAGCUGCUGCGGGACCAGGCUGUGUCCCAUGUCCCCUUUCUUCUAACCUGAGGAAGGCGCGUGGUGCCCAGGACUGAAGACUGAAAGAUGCCUAAGGAAUGCAAUGCUUUCCACACCCUCUCCGCAGCUCUGUGCUGCUUUUAUCAACGCAAGUCUUUGAUUGGAGUCAAGUUCUCCAAGGAGAGGCAUGUCAUGGACAGGACCCCCGACAGGCUGAAGAAGGAGCUGGAGGAGGAGCUGCUGCUGAGUAGCGAGGACCUGCGCAGCCACGCCUGGUACCAUGGCCGCAUCCCCCGACAGGUGUCCGAACACCUCGUGCAGCGAGAUGGUGACUUCCUGGUCCGAGACUCUCUAUCCAGCCCUGGGAACUUUGUCCUGACCUGUCAGUGGAAGAACCUUGCUCAGCACUUCAAGAUCCACCGCACGGUCCUGCGGCUCAGUGAGGCCUACAGCCGCGUGCAGUACCAGUUCGAGAUGGAGAGCUUCGACUCCAUCCCGGGGCUGGUGCGCUGCUAUGUGGGCAACCGCCGGCCCAUCUCCCAGCAGAGCGGCGCUAUCAUCUUCCAGCCCAUCAACAGGACGGUGCCCCUACGGUGCCUGGAGGAGCGCUACGGCACCUCUCCAGGCUGGGCACAGGACGGCAGCCCUGCCGAGGGAAGGAUGGAUGUGGCCAAGAGGCUGAGCCUCACCGUGGGCAGUGUCCAGGCCCGGGAGCAGAGUUUGCCCAGGGGAAACCUCCUCAGGAACAGAGAGAAGAGCGGCAGCCAGCCUGCCUGCCUGGAUCACACGCAGGAGAGGAGGACAUCAGCCCUCAAAGCCCAUCAGUCAGAAAGUCACCUGCCAAUCGGCUGUAAGCUGCCCCCUCAGUCACAGGGGAUGGACACAAGCCCCUGCCCAAACUCACCUGUGUUCAGGACAGGCAGUGAGCCCACACUGAGCCCGGCGGUCAUUCGCAGAGUCUCCUCAGAUAAGAGGGCAGGUGAGGCACUGCGGGGAUCAGACAGCCAGCUGUGCCCCAAACCACCCCCCAAGCCCUGCAAAGUGCCCUUCCUCAAGGCUCCCACCUCUCCAGCUGCUGGGCUCAACUCAGAAGCCAACUACUGUGAACUGAACCCAGCCUUUGGCACAGGCUGUGUCAGGGGAGCAAAGCUGCCCUCAUGUGCCCAGGGCAGCCACGCAGAACUGCUGACAGCCAAACAGAAUGGGGCAACAGGUCCCCGGAACUCGGGCACGAACUACUUGAUUCUCGAUGGGGACGACGGAGCCAGACCAUGGGAACUGCCAGCAGCACAGAUGGGUGAGGGACAGGAAGACAAGUGCAAGUUUGUGAGGCCCCUCCUGGAGACUGAGUCCUCCUUCAGGCCCAAUGACUUUGAGUCAAAGCUCCUUCCUGCAGAGAACAAGCCCCUGGAUACAGCUAUGCUGAAGCGGGCGAAAGAACUGUUUAUUAACAGCAACCCUAAGGUCAUCGCCCAGCACAUGCUGAGCAUGGACUGCAAGGUUGCUAGGAUACUUGAGGUCUCUGAAGAGAUGAGGAGGAACAUGGGCGUGAGCUCAGGGCUGGAGCUCAUUACCUUGCCUCAUGGUCGCCAGCUGCGCCUGGACAUAAUCGAAAGACACCACACAAUGGCCAUCGGCACUGCAGUCGACAUUCUGGGCUGCACAGGCACUCUGGAGGACCGAGCAGCCACCCUCAAUAGGAUCAUCCAGGUGGCGGCGGAACUGAAAGAUUCCAUGGGGGACCUCUAUUCUUUCUCAGCCAUCAUGAAGGGCCUGGAAAUGCCACAGAUCGUAAGGUUAGAAAAGACGUGGACUGCCCUGCGGCACCAGUACACCCAAUCUGCCAUCCUCUACGAGAAACAGCUGAAGCCUUUCAGCAAAAUGCUGCAUGAAGGCAGAGAGUCCAUGUGUAUCCACCCAAGUAAUGUAUCAGUCCCACUGCUGAUGCCGCUUGUGACCUUAAUGGAACGCCAGGCUGUCACUUUUGAAGGAACUGAUAUGUGGGAAAAAAAUGACCAAAGCUGUGAAAUUAUGCUGAAUCACUUGACAACAGCCCGAUGCAUGGCAGACGCUGCAGACAGCUACCGGGUGAAUGCUGAGAGGGUCCUAGCAGGCUUCCAACCAGAUGAAGAAAUGAGUGAAAUCUUUAAGACGGAAUUUCAAAUGCGAUUACUGUGGGGCAGCAAAGGUGCAAAAGUCAAUCAGACAGAAAGAUACGAGAAGUUCAACCAGAUUUUAACUGCCCUUUCACGUAAACUGGAGCCUCCUACUGUAAAGCAGGCAGAGCUUUGAAAACUGCAGAGACCUUCCUGGUGUUAUUUCAAGCUUCUCCAGUUUCUUCUUUGGGAAAGCUCAUCAUUUGAUAAUGUAAUGUGCAAAUCUGACAAUAUACAAGCUUUUAAUAUCCACAGGAUAUUAAAUAUGUAAAUUGCACAGAGCACACUUAUUUAUGAAUUGUUUAAAAUUACUACUGAUUUUUACAUGAAUGAUAAUUUAUUAUUAAGGUAACUAUUGUGAAUGUUGAUUGGCAAAUUUAAGCGAAGCCUGGCUACACUGGCAGGUUACUUCCUGUUAUCAUGGUAUUGGACCAUUUUAGUUUUAAUUUCCUGUCAGAGAACUGUAAAUAGUUUAAAAGCAUGAAACAUUUCAGAAGGUAUCAGUUGUAUGAUAUUCUUUAAAUAAAUAUGAAAAUGUACAUAGUCAUGAAUGAAAAUAUAUCUUUUGUGAAACGAU